GUAGCCCAAUGACAGGGUGUACCGUUGGUACAAUAAAGUACAUCACAUACUACUUUGAUACUAAACUGUUGGUAACAGUCUCCAGACAUGGCUUUGGUGGGAGUUAGAGCUUCAUACCACAGGAUUCUUAACCAGAUAGAGCUUCUACUACCCGGUAAACUGAGACCCAUUUACAACCAUCCUGCAGGUCCAAAGACAAUUUUUUUCUGGGCACCAGUGUGUAAAUGGGGUCUGGUUUUUGCGGGUCUGGCUGAUAUGACCCGACCAGCUGAUAAACUGAGUCUCUCUCAGUCUGGAGUACUCAUGACCACAGGUGUUAUUUGGUCCAGAUGGUCCCUGGUCAUCAUUCCCAAGAAUUGGUUUCUGUUUUGUUGCAACUGUUUUCUUGGAGCGUCAGGAGCCACCCAACUCUUUAGAAUCUGGAUGUAUCAACAGGAAGUAAAGAAGCAACAGGAAGCAGGGGCUUCUGAAUUAAAAAGAAAGCAGUUAGCAGAGGCCCAUCCAUUGUUGGAUUAUUUUGAACUGGUGACACUUACUAACUAGUGGAUCUGAUUAACUUGAUUAAAUGCAAUUUCAUCUUUGAGGACUUCAACCACCACAGAAUCUUCCAACUCAAUAACACCCCUCCCUCUGCAAAUCACAAUUCAUGCUGUUAGUAAGUAUGUGACGAUGUGGGGAUGACAGCACGUCUGUGUGAAGAUGAUGGUAAGAUUAGUUCAUGGUAAGAUUAGGCUAAGAAACAUUUACAGAUUCACACAACACUUUAAAGAUGGGGAAUGUUUGAGUCUGAUGAUGGUUAAUGUUAUCUUUUUUAACAUUAACUCUUUGUUUUAGCCUUUUAGCGCUUUGUCUGAUUUUAGGACAUUGUGUUAUGUAUAUAUUUAUUGAAAAUAAAUUAUCCAUUUGAGAUAAAACUGUUCCUGACUUGAAGAAACCUUUCUCAUGUGCAUGAGGUUAACGGCCAACGUCAUCACACUGAGCUAAGUGAAAAGAGAAGUGUGGCUUCAUCAGUUUAUUGUUUACAUUGUGUCUUUGCCAUGUACAGUCCACAAUCACAUGUGGGGCACUUCAGCACAAUACAACGUUUUGGAACGUUCAGAUAGAAAUAUGUAAUAUAGAACAAACAUGCCUCUCCGACAUGUAGACCAAACUAUAGACCGCGUUUGGCAACUGAAUGUGGCCUUGUUUUCUAGGAAUU